CUCUGAGGAGCAGCGGAAGUGCCUAGCGCCAGAGUUCUGCAUGCCCAGACGGCACCCAGCUGAAGCACGAGGUUCCCGCGGAGUUUCCCCUUUGUCCCACCUUAUCCUCCAGUUCUGGAACAGCAGGGAGCCCACUCUGAGAGCUGCUUUCCGUGGCCACUCUGCUAAAUUUGGAGUCCUUACUCGCUGUUCCUCCCAGGUUUGCGUCCCCAGGGGUCAGCCGGCUCCUCAGUCAGACUCCGGCUGUGGCUUCGCCACUGAAGAGAAGAAUUAAUUAAGGCUGGGAAAAGCUGCAGAGACAAGCCGUCCUGCUAGGCUCUGCUCUCAGGGGAACAUCACACUGGAGAGCCAAGAGGAGUGGACGAGCCUGUCUUAGAGACUUUCCCGGGGAACCCCAGAGGCCAUUCAUUAUGAUGUGUAAGGCACGGGAGUGGCUCAGAGUGACCACACUGCUAUUCGUGGCUAGAGCAGUUCCAGCUAUGGUGGUUCCUAAUGUCACCUUGUUGGAGAAACUUUUGGAAAAGUACAUGGAUGAGGAUGGCGAAUGGUGGACAGCUAAGCAAAGAGGGAAAAGAGCCAUCACAGACAACGACAUGCAGAGCAUCUUGGAUCUCCAUAAUAAACUGAGAAGUCAGGUGUACCCAACAGCCUCUAAUAUGGAGUAUAUGACAUGGGAUGUGGAGCUGGAGAGAUCUGCAGAAUCCUGGGCUGAAACGUGUUUGUGGGAGCAUGGUCCCGUGAGCCUGCUGCCCUCCAUUGGACAGAAUUUGGGGGCACACUGGGGAAGAUACCGACCCCCAACCUUUCAUGUACAAGCAUGGUAUGAUGAAGUGAGAGAUUUUAGCUACCCAUAUGAACAUGAGUGUGACCCUUACUGUCCUUUCCGAUGCUCUGGCCCUGUUUGUACACACUACACUCAGGUGGUGUGGGCUACUAGUAGCAGAAUAGGCUGUGCCAUCAAUCUGUGCCACAACAUGAACAUCUGGGGACAGAUAUGGCCCAAAGCUGUCUAUUUGGUGUGCAAUUAUUCUCCCAAGGGAAACUGGUGGGGCCACGCACCUUACAAACAUGGAAGGCCUUGUUCUGCUUGUCCACCCAGUUUCGGAGGAGGUUGUAGGGAAAACUUGUGCUACAAAGAAGGAUCAGACAGGUAUCAUACCCCUAGAGAAGAAGAAACAAAUGAAAUUGAACGGCAGCAGUCUCUGGUGCAUGACACACAUGUGCGGACAAGAUCAGACGAUAGUAACAGAAAUGAUGUCAUCAAUACUCAGCAGAUGUCUCAGAUUGUUUCUUGUGAAGUGAGAUUACGAGACCAGUGUAAAGGGACAACCUGCAACAGGUACGAGUGCCCUGCUGGCUGCUUGCACAGUAAAGCUAAAGUCAUUGGGAGUGUACAUUAUGAAAUGCAAUCCAGUAUCUGCCGAGCUGCCAUCCACUAUGGCAUAAUAGACAAUGAAGGCGGGUGGGUAGAUGUCACUCGACAAGGGAGAAAGCAUUUCUUCAUCAAAUCCAACAGAAAUGGCAUUCAGACAAUUGGAAAAUAUCAUUCUGCUAAUUCCUUCACAGUCUCCAAAGUGACAGUUCAAGCUGUGACUUGUGAAACCACAGUGGAACAUCUCUGUCCAUUUCAUAAACCUGCUUCACAUUGCCCCAGAGUAUACUGUCCUCGAAACUGUAGGCAGGCAAAUCCACAAUAUGCUCGUGUCAUCGGAUCCAGAGUUUAUUCUGAUCUGUCUAGUAUCUGCAGAGCAGCAGUGCAUGCUGGGGUGGUUCGAAAUCAUGGUGGUUAUGUGGAUGUCAUGCCUGUGGAUGAAAGAAAAAUGUACACUGCUUCUUUUCAGAAUGGAAUAUUCUCAGAAAGUUUACAGAACCCUACAGGAGGAAAGGCAUUCCGGGUAUUCGCUGUUGUUUGACUGGGGACAUUUGAAAGGGGAACAGAAAGCCUGCUCCAAAUGCCACAUUUCUGAAGUUUGUAUACAACUGUAACAUUACUGUACAGAAGAGAGCAACUAUUGCCAGCCCACCAUCAGACUUCAAAUGUGGGCCACUCUUGAUAGACAAAGUCUAUAAAGUAAAACAUAGGACCUUAGCUUUGGGGAAAGUAAUGAACAUUUAAUGGUUUUAGAAAUCCUGUGUUAAAUAUUGCUAUAUUUUCUUAGCAGUUAUUUCUGAAGUUAAUUACAUAGUUUUGAUGUUCUAUAUUUCUUAUAUUAUAUUAUAUGGUGCUUUGUAUAUGCCACUGAUGAAGUGUUUCUAAAGUGACUCUGUAAGACUCUUAGAAAAUUAUCUGUGCAUUGAAAAGCAAUCAGCCCUAAAACUAAAUGAAACUUUUAAGUUACCUUUUUUCAGACCAGUCCAGUACUGUGUUCUCACCUAUUCCAAAUCUCUAUCUGCCUUAUCCUUAGAGCUGGGCAGUUUUUCGCUUAUAUUAAGUUGCAUUGUGCUAAAUAUUAAGUCCUGAUGUGAUGCUUGCUAUUUUGUAUUAAAAUAGUCUUUUGAUUACCGACUGGGAAUAUUUGGUUCCUUGGGAGGGGCCACACUGGCAUGUGGGGAAAGCCCAAGCAGUUUUGUGGAAUCAUGGGAUCAUGUAGUAGAGGGCAAGAUGGCAGAAAGAGCUGACAGAGUUGUGGUUAAAUCUGAGUUCAUUUUUUUCCUUUUUAUCCUGGCAGGUACUCCUGCAGGCCAGGAAGUAUAAUUUAAAAAAAAAAAAAAAAAAACUCUAACAAGGAUGAACUGGUGCAUUACAUUAUUAUUACCACUGGUUUACAUAAUAGUAAACAACUUUAUGUAUAAAUCUUUCAUUAGCGUGAUUCUAUGGUAGUGAUGUAUUUGUUUCUGUGAAAAUGUAUUGUGCUUUGAUACUUAAAUUCUGUAAAAUGCUAGGAUGUUUAUUCCUGCUAAUGAACAUAAUUGUUUCCUAUAAGCAAAUUAAAUUUAAUUGGUUUCAAAAGAUUA